AGACUCUCUGUUGUGAUAGCAGCGCCCGCACCAGCCGGUAAGUAAUAUACAAUUACUUUAUGCUUUCCGUGUUUGGAUGGCCUGAUCCAAACACGCGGGAAUGUUGCGAGAGUUAAGAAAAGCGAGCGAAAUCACGAGCCGAAGGCGAGUGAUUUUGCCCGCUUUUCUUAACUCGAGCAACAUUCCCAAGUGUUUGGAUCAGUCCAUCCAAACACGGAAACCAUAAAGUAAUUGUUUUAUAAAAUAACAACAACACGAUAGUCUUCCAUGUUUGGAUGGCCUGAUCCAAACACGGCUUUUGACCAAUCAGAACACGCGUUAUAUACAUGUUAUUUUAUAAUCUUACGUCAACAUUCAAGCAUCAUCUCUUAGUUGUGAUAACUACUUUUAUGAUUUAUAAUUGAUUGACUUGAAAUUCGUGACAAACCCACGGCCCAGUUGAGCUGUGUGAGAAAUCACGCUGCCUAUAGAAGAAAAUCGUGAAAGCCGAUUUACACUACACAACUUUUGCCUAAAACCGUCGCGUGCAACCUGCUUAUAUGCAUAUAUGCACACAACUCACCUACGUUGUCGAAUAAAUCUGCGGCCUAUUUGAGCUGCGUGAGAAGUCAUGUCACGUUUUGUGUGGUGUAAUUCAUUUCGCAUCUAUAAUAAUCUAAUAUACCUUAAUUAAUUCAAAAAAGAAUUAAUUAAAUACAGUGUUUAAUCGACGUUCAUUUUACCACAUGACUACAACUUUGAUUAUUGAAAAUCUAAUAUUUACGUACCUCAGUUUACAUAAAGUGCUACUUACACUUUCAGAUAUCUCUUUUACUUAUUUAAUUUGCUGCUUUUGCAUUGUGCAUUUGAUAAAACACAGCAUCCAGGUCAAUAACCCAUAAGUAGUCUUUUUGAGUAAAACAAAGAAAUAAAUCACAAAGAAAUAAAUCUGUUUAAUAAUUGAAUAAUUGUUAAUAUGCACAUGUUAUAACGAAACAAAAAACAGCGAAAGUACUUUUAAAACAAUUUGUAUUUCAGCUUUAAAUAUUUUUUUUUUUUAUCAGGAAUAGCUUUAAAGAAUAUCUGUACACUACACACUGUUAAAUAAAACUUUGUGACUUUCUUUGAGUUUGGCAAAACCGCAGCUUCGUUUAGUGCAAAAAUUUGCUCGUCUGCAAACGGGAACAAAACCUGAAGACAUUUUGUUUUUGUCCGGAAGUGCAAGGAAAUCUGGAGUUGACCAACCAAUCAAAUUGCGCGAAAAGCACUAUGCAUCUCCUCAGUAUAUACAGCUAUUUCAAUUAAGGUUUUCCACGAGCAAAGCGGAAAAGUCGAAUACGAGCGCGAAAGGCUGCUGGGAAUCGCUAUGAAAAUUCAUUAUUUUUUUAGGAAUUUCCAGCAACCUUUCGUGCUCGUAUUCGACUUUUCCGCUUUGCUCGUAGACAACCUUAAUUGGGAUAGCUGUAAAUACGUCUAUCAUCUUUGUUCUAACCACUAUACAAGUAUCCAGUACAAACCAUCUGUUCGACUGUUCUACGUUCCUUCAAACUUGCUCCGAAUUUAGCUCGAAUUAGCUUCAUUUUAAUAUGGUCUGUACUGUUUGUUGUGAGAGCUCAUGAUACACUGGAAAGACCCAACUGAAAAUGAAACUGAACUCAAGUUAAAAAUUACAUGACUUAUUGUAAAGAAACUGAUUUAAUAUAUUUACUUGUUCUUUUGAUAAUAUAGUGGAUCAAGCUAAAUUGACUGAAUUUAUGGAGAAAGGGACUUCACUGGACACAAAGGUUUGUUUUCAUCUAUUCUGCCUUACUACUGUUUAUACGGCUAACUAUUGUAUUGUGACUUAUACGGCUAACUAUUGUAUUGUAACUCAUGUACUGUGCCUUACUACUGUUUAUACGGCUAAGGUGAAAUACAAAAUACUAUACUCAAAUAUAGUGAUAUAAUUAACCUCUCCAGUACCUCCACACAGAAAUCAUGACGCGGGUAAUCCCAAUUGAAAUGGCUCCUGCAAAGGCUAUAUAUAGUGCUACAAUUUGUUAAAGUACAGACACAUGGUGCAGUUACUGUAUCAUCCCGUAUCCUGUCGUUAUUUUGUUAUAUUAGGGACUUUAAGCUUCACGUUUGCGGGAACGGCAAACGGCAAGACCAACUUUUCUCAGCAUAAUUUGCGUUCGAUUUCUGCAUGUCAUCUUUUCUUUCAUAUGACAUAGGAAUAGUUUAGCACUCUAGUUAUAAGCCAACAAGCCCAUUUACAUUUUAUUGCUUUGUAGCAUAAACUUUUCCUUUGCCUAAUGUUUGUCGUUUGUCGUUGAACGCAAAGCUUAAGCACUCUAUUAAUAAAACAAGCGAACAAACCAUAGCGGGAUAGGGGAAUUUUCCGUCGUUACGCGAGCACUCGACUAUAGAGCUUAAAGGAAUUAUCGACUACAUGGGAACCAGUUCGUGCAUGGAACACUGCAGUAAAUAGGGCAGGAAUCUGUUUAAUAUUUGGGUUUUUUCAGCUUGAGCUAGAGACGAUACUACGACACAAAACGGAGGCAAUUAGUAACCUGGAAAAGAAAGUUGCUGGUCUGGAAAAAGAAAACGCAGAAUUAAAAGCGGUGAGUAUGGAAGAAUGAAAAAAUGAAAGGAGUAUUUUCUUAAUUAUUCAUGCUGUGUAUGAAACAGUACAGAACGUAACGCAGUAAAUAUAGUCUCAAAAUUGUGUGCGGCGAAACAAUAUAUUUGACCAAUUCAAAAAUAAAAUGGCAGACAAAAUUAUAAAAAAACAAAUUGUUCAAUGGUUCAGGGCACAUUCGAUUUGUACUCUGCCAUUUUCGAUAGCGGUUUGCUAUAAGUCAGUUACAGAAGUUGGGCAAAUACAUAAGUUUAUACCCGGUAUAUAUAUAUAUAUAUAUAUAUAUAUAUAUAUAUAUAUAUAUAUAUAUAUAUAUAUAUAUAUAUAUAUAUAUAUAUAUGAAAAAGUUUUGGUUGCCAUGCCUGGAUAUAUUAUGUGCUUGGUGUUGGUAGUGAUUUCUUCAGGCAUCAGUUAAUAAAUGCUUUUCAGGUUAUCCAUUUUCGAUUCAUAUAAUUGUCUAAUAGCUAAGCUCAGGCUAAUUAAUAACUUUCGGGAAGGAUAUAUUGGCCUGGACACCGCAACUCUUAUCAUAUAUUCAUCCGGUUUUCAAGUUGUUGCCUCUUCGCUUGCUUAUUUCCCCUCUCUGGGUUUUUCUAUGUAUCUUCGUUUCUUCAUGGUUUUCUUCAUGGUUUUCGGUAAAAUCGUCAAUUCUGCGUAUGUGUAUAACUAACACAUAUCCACUAUAAUAAUAAUAAUAAUAAUAAUAAUAAUAAUAAUAAUAAUAAUAAUAACACUUUAUUUAACGAGGAUUUACAGAUAAAGCUACAGUACAGCUUGUUUCCAAUCUGGUCCUCUUAAGUUCUAGAAAUAUAUUACAUCACGUGAUUACAAUACUCAUGCAGUUAACAUUCUUUAGAAACGUAGGAUAUACAGUCACGGAUGCGUCACAAACACACAACAUACACAGAUACAUUCCAAUCACACUACAUUAACAGUCUAUAACUAUCAACAGUAUUAAAGUUUUUAUAUUAAUAUAAUCUUUUUGUGUUCAAUUCAGUCAUGUUAGCCAGUUUGUUCUUAAGGUGUUCUUUACAGAACGAUCUAAACCUGCGUGUUGUGGUAAGUUUUUUUCCCACGUCUGGAAAUAAUAAUAUCAUAUAAUAUAAUAUUUAUCAUUUAUAGACCCGGAGCGAGGGGGAUUCGGCGUAAUAUUUCCCGAGGUGAUGAUAUUUUCCGAGGGGCUUUGCCCCGAGGAAAAUAUCAUCACUGAGGGAAAUAUCGCCGAAUCCCCCGAGCGGUGGGUCUAUAAAUGAUAUAUUAUACCGAAAGUUAAAGUACUCACUAAGUUCAGAAUAAACUUAAAUAAAACUUGCUGAAUCUUAUAAAAUACGCCAAUAUAUUAAUACAAUUUUUAAUUUCUUAUGUAUACCUGAGUUUUUAACGUUUCCUCUUUAAAAUAUUUGAGCAUGUAUCCUUUGGAUCAUUAAAGGUAACAUACAGUACGUCUUGAAAAUGUUUUGGUAAGUCAAAUAUUCUGUACGAAAAUACGAAAUCACAAACAACAGCUCGCGAACGCCAUAUUUUUUUAGACCGUGGUGUCCACGCGUCACGCGUGAGCGUGGGAUACUAUAAUAUCCCACGGUGGAUCUGCCGUGGGAUAUUAUAGUAUCCCACGCUGGAUUGCGAAAUCAUUAAUUUGAGUAAAAUGCCGUAAAAAAUCACAUUAUCACGUGGUACAAAUGCUGUUUUUUCAUUGGACAAUUUGAAUUUGAGGUAUAAUAUAAUAUAAUAUAAUAUAAUAUAAUAUAAUAUAAUAUAAUAUAAUAUAAUAUAAUAUAAUAUAAUAUAGAGUAACAAGUAAAAAGAGGCGUAAGAGGAAACAAACAUAUAUCCGACAUGACCACAGAACGUUUAGUUUUGCUGCGUGUAUCCGUGUUAACGUUGCAGCUACCUGAGUUGUCACAUUUUCUGUGGUUUAUAGUGGGUAUAUAUAACAGUUUAAUAAAAGGAGAAUCUGUUGUAUGUUACGCAUCACUAAUGAUCAAUCAGUUUGUAUCUGCGAAGCAGAUAUAUGUACUAUUUACAACAUGAGCGGCCGUGUUGUAUCGGGAAAAUACGAGAAACAGCUAUGCAAAGAUUAAACAAGUGAAAGUGAAAUCAGUGAAAGAUCAAACAAGUUUUGGAAAAUAUAUCUGUCAUAUCCGAGAUCGAUUUCAUAACACUACUCAUACUAUUUCGGCCCAAAAACUACAAGGUAAAGGUAAUCACGCUUUCUCAAUUUUAUUUUAAAAAUACAUGGAUGUUUCGGUCCCUACAAGGGUUAACAUAAAUAAAUCCAAGCUCCUAACAAAACAAGUUUUGGCGUAGGUUAAACAAGUUGUACAUUUCUUAAUUAUAAUACAUGGUAAUAUUCUUAAUCCUUUCAAACUUCAGGCAAGGAUGAAAAUGAUGAUGCUUCCGAAAAAUGUUUUGCAGGAAUUAUAGCUAAUGUUAGCAAUUCUGCUGGGCAUUUCAGUCGUGAUUUUAAUAUUGCUUAUUUCAUUUAUCAAAAUCGUGGAUUCAAAUCAUCAAAGACCAAACCGCAGAGCAACAGCAAGGACAGCAAUAAUUCAAAAGAUAUUUAUGAAAAUCCUGCCAAUAUAUAACCAGCGUGGCGGCACUUUUAUAAGUAGAGCCUGCCCGAAAGCCCUAAUCAAAUUGAUAACCCUCGGCAGCCAGCCGCCGACAAUUGUGAUUGGCUGAAUUUGCGUUGACGACAGUUUCAUUGACAUGUUAAGAUAAUUUAUUCAAAUAUUUAAAAAUAAAUACAGCAAAAACGCUGAGGACUAGGUCCCUCACGCUGAGGACAAGGUUCCACACGCUGAGGACAAGGUUCUUCACGCUGAGGACAAGGUUCCUCAAGCUGAGUACAAGGUUCCCCACACUGAGGACAACCUCCCUCACGCUGAAGACAACGUUCUUCACGCUGAGGACAACGUUCUUCACGCUAAGGACAAGGCCACUCUCGCUGGGAUAAGAUUCCUCACGCUGACGACAAAGUCGUCACGCUGAGGAAAAGGUUUCUCACGCUGACGACAACGUUCCUCACGCUUAUAACAAAGUUCCUCUCGCUAACGACAAGGUUCCUCAGCCUGACGACGAGGAUCCUCACGCUAAAAACAAGGUUCUUCAGCCUGAGGACAAGGUUCCUCAAGCUGAGUACAAGGUUCCUCACGCUGAAGACAACGUUGCUCACGCUGAGGACAACGUUCCUGACGCUGAAGACAACGUACCUCACGCUGAGGACAGCGUACCACACGCUGAGGACAGCGUUCCUCACGCUGAGCACAAGGUUUCCCUUGCUUAGGACAACGUUCCUCACGCUGACGACAAGGUUCUCACGCUGAGGACAACGUUACUCACGCUGAGGACAACGUUCCUCACGCUGAGGACAACGUACCUCACGCGGAGGACAACGUACCACACGCUGAGGACAACGUUCCUCACGCUGAGCACAAGGUUUCUCUUGCUUAGGACAACGUUCCUCACGCUGACGACAAGGUUCCUCACGCUGAGGACAACGUUCCUCACGCUUUGGACAAGGUUCCUCACGCUGAGGACAAGGUACCUCACGCUGAGGACAAGGUUUCUCACGCUGAGGACACAAGGUUCCUCAAGCUGAGUACAAGGUUCCUCACGCUGAGGACAACGUCCCACACGCUGAGGACAACGUUCCUCACGCUAAGGACAAGGCCACUCUCGCUGGGAUAAGGUUCCUCACGCUGACGGCAAAGUCCUCACGCUGAGGAAAAGAUUCCUCACCCUGAGGAUAAGGUUCGUCGCUCAGAGGGCAAGGUUCCUCAAGCUGAGGACAAGGUACCUCACGCUGAGGACAAGGUUCGUCGCGCUGAGGACAAGGUUCCUCAAGCUGAGGACAACGUUCCUCACCCUGAGGACAACGUUCCUCACGCUGAGGUCAACGUUCCUCCCGCUGAGGACAAUGUUCCUCACGCUGAUGUCAAGGUUCCUCGCGCUGAGGACAAGGUUCCUCACGUUGAGGACAAGGUUCCUCACGCUGAGGACAAGGUUCCUCCCGCUGAGGACAAUGUUCCUCAAGCUGAGAACAACGUUCCUCACGCUGAGGACAACGAUUCUCACGCUGAGGUCUAGGAUCCCACGGUGAGGACAAGGUUCCUCAAGCUGAGUACAAGGUUCCUUACGCUGAGGACAACGUCCCUGACGCUGAGGGCAAGAUUCCUCACGCUGAGGACAAGAUUGCUUCGCUGAGAACAAGGUUCCUCACGCUAAAGACAAUGUCCCUCACCAUGAGGACAACAUUCCUCACGCUUUGGACAAGGUUCCUCACGCUGAGGACAAGGUUCGCCACGCUGAGGAGAAGGUUCCUCUAGCUGAGGACAAGGUUUCUCACGCUGAGGACAAGGUUCGUCGCGCUGAGGACAAGGUUCCUGAAGCUUAGGACAAGGUUCCUCAGCCUGAGGACGACGUUCCUCAGCCUAAGGAAGACGCUCCUUACGCUGAGGUCAAGGUUCCUCGCGGUGAGGACAAAGUUCCUCGCGCUGAGGACAAAGUUCCUCACGCUGAGGACAAGGUUCCUAACGCUGAGGACAAGGGUCCUCACGCUGAGGACAAGGUUCCUCGCGCUGAAGACAAGGUUCCUCACGCUGACGACAAGGUUGGUCACGCUGAGGAAAAGGUUCCUGACGCUGAGGACAAGGUUCCUCAUGCUGAGGACAAGGUUUCUCACGCUGAGGACAAGGUCCUCAAGCUUCCUGAGGACAAGGUUCCUCACGCAGAGGACAACGUCCCUCACGCUGAGGCAACGUUCCUCACGCUAAGGACAAGGCCACUCUCCCUGGGAUAAAGUUCCUCACGCGGACGACAAAGUCGUCAGGCUGAGGAAAAGGUUUCUCACGCUGAGGACAACGUUCCUCACGCUGAGGACAACGUUCCUCACGCUGACGACAACGUUCCUCACGCUAAGGACAAGGCCACUCUCGCUGGGAUAAGGUUCCUCACGCUGACGGCAAAGUCCUCACUCUGAGGAAAAGAUUCCUCACCCUGAGGACAAGGUUCGUCGCUCAGAGGGCAAGGUUCCUCAAGCUGAGGACAAGGUACCUCACGCUGAGGACAAGGUUCGUCGAGCUGAGGACAAGGUUCCUCAAGCUGAGGACAACGUUCCUCACCCUGAGGACAACGUUCCUCACGCCGAGGUCAACGUUCCUCCCGCUGAGGACAAUGUUCCUCACGCUGAUGUCAAGGUUCCUCGCGCUGAGGACAGGGUUCCUCACGUUGAGGACAAGGUUCCUCACGCUGAGGACAAGGUUCCUCCCGCUGAGGACAAUGUUCCUCAAGCUGAGAACAACGUUCCUCACGCUGAGGACAACGUUUCUCACGCUGAGGUCUAUGAUCUCACGGUGAGGACAAGGUUUCUCAAGCUGAGUACAAGGUUCCUUACGCUGAGGACAACGUCCCUGACGCUGAGGACAAGAUUCCUCACGCUGAGGACAAGAUUGCUCUCGCUGAGAACAAGGUUCCUCACGCUAAAGACAAUGUCCCUCACCCUGAGGACAACAUUCCUCACGCUUUGGACAAGGUUCCUCACGCUGAGGACAAGGUUCGCCACGCUGAGGAGAAGGUUCCUCUAGCUGAGGACAAGGUUUCUCCCUCUGAGGACAAGGUUCCUCAAGCUUAGGACAAGGUUCCUCAGCCUGAGGACGACGUUCCUCAGCCUAAGGAAGACGUUCCUUACGCUGAGGUCAAGGUUCCUCGCGCUGAGGACAAAGUUCCUCACGCUGAGGACAAGGUUCCUAACGCUGAGGACAAGGUUCCUCACGCUGAGGACAAGGUUCCUCGCGCUGAAGACAAGGUUCCUCACGCUGACGACAAGGUUGCUCACGCUGAGGACAAGGUUCCUCAUGCUGAGGACAAGGUUCCUCACGCUGAGUACAACGUUCCUCACGCUGAGGGCAACGUUCCUCAAGCUGAGGACAACGUCUCUCACGAUGAGGACAACGUUCCUCACGCUUUGGACAAGGUUCCUCAUGCUUUGGACAAGGUUCCUCACGCUGAGGACAAGGUUCCUCACGCUGAGUACAACGUUCCUCAAGCUGAGGACAACGUCUCUCACGCUGAGGACAACGUUCCUCACGCUGAGGUCAAGGUUCCCACGCUGAGGACAGGUUCCUCUCGCUGAGGAAAACGUUCCUCACGCAAAGGACAACGUUCUUCUCGCUGAGGACAAGGUUCCUCACGCUGACAACGAGGAUCCUCACGCAGAAAACAAGGUUCUUCAGUCUGAGGACAAUGUUCCCACGCUGAGGACAAGGUUCCUCACGCUGAGUACAACGUUCCUCACGCUGAGGACAACGUUCCUCAAGCUGAGGACAACGUCUCUCACGAUGAGGACAACGUUCCUCACGCUGAGGUCAAGGUUCCCACGCUGAGGACAAGGUUCCUCACGCUCCCGACAACGUUCCUCACGCUUACGACGUGGAUCCUCACGCUGAAAACAAGGUUCUUCAAUCCGAGGACAAGGUUCCUCGCGCUGAGGACAACGUUCCUCACGCUGAGGACAACGUUCCUCAAGCUGAGGACAACGUCUCUCACGAUGAGGACAACGUUCCUCACGCUGAGGUCAAGGUUCCCACGCUGAGGACAAGGUUCCUCACGCUCCCGACAACGUUCCUCACGCUUACGACGUGGAUCCUCACGCUGAAAACAAGGUUCUUCAAUCCGAGGACAAGGUUCCUCGCGCUGAGGACAACGUUCCUCACGCUGAGGACAACGUUCCUCAAGCUGAGGACAACGUCUCUCACGAUGAGGACAACGUUCCUCACGCUGAGGUCAAGGUUCCCACGCUGA